CCAGAGGUCCGUUCAGCAUGGUACGAAGAUGCGUUCAUCGGACGACAGGUCAUCAGUUCGCCGUCAAAGUCGUCGACGUUGCCAAAUUUACUUCUUGUCCAGGCCUUAGCACAGAAGAUUUGAAACGUGAGGCGACAAUAUGCCACAUGCUCAAGCAUCCGCAUAUAGUGGAGCUCCUGGAGACGUACAGUUCAGAUGGAAUGCUUUACAUGGUCUUCGAAUACAUGGAAGGAUCCGAUUUGUGUUAUGAAAUUGUGAAAAGAGCUCUUGCUGGCUUUGUUUAUAGUGAAGCAGUUGCAAGCCACUAUAUGAGACAAGUAUUAGAAGCUGUUCGGUACUGUCAUGAAAAUGACAUUAUUCACAGAGAUAUAAAGCCUCAAUGUAUUCUAUUAGCUACAAAAGAAAAUUCUGCUCCUGUUAAACUUGGAGGUUUUGGCUCAGCACUUAAAAUCAAAGGAGAGAAAAUAAUAAAUGGAGAAUUUGUUCAUGACUAUCGAACCAAUAUCGGCCCAAAUGGUCGAUUUUACUUGAAGUGUGAUGAGUUUGGUAGAAUAGGUACUUCUCAUUUUAUGGCUCCUGAAAUAGUUUUAAGAAGGCCUUAUGGAAAGCCAGCUGAUGUUUGGAGCUGUGGCGUUCUUCUAUAUGUUUUACUAACGGGUACAUUGCCAUUUUUAGGAACUAAAGAAUGGUUAUAUGAAUCGAUAUGCAGUGGGCAAGUUAAUAUGACUGGAAGGUCAUGGGAUGUAAUUAGUAGCCAUGCGAAAGAUUUAUUAAGUAAAAUGUUAGCUCUUAAUCCUAAGGAUCGCAUAACAGUAGAUGAAGCUCUGAAUCAUCCAUGGAUUAAGGAGAGAGAAUUAUGUGCCCCAAAAAUACAUCUCCAAGAAACUGUGGAUGAGCUUAGUAAAUUUAAUGCUAGGAGAAAGUUAAAGGGAGCUGUAAUUGCUGCUAUUUCAAGUCCAAAGUGGACAAAUUUUUAUAAUGAUCCUUCCAUAGAUAAAGUAUCAGAUUAUGACCUUGAAGAAAUAACAUCAGCAGGAGCAGUGUCCAUGGUAUUGGAUAGUUUAGAUGAUAUACACUGCCUGACAGAAUGUCCACCACAUGAUCGUGAGUUUCUAAUGUCUGUCCUGGAUGAUACACAUCUUCAUGCAUUGUUAGAUGUGAGUACUUAUAACAUCAUGUAUUUACUUUAAAUGUUUAAAAAUGUG